AUGGCAUCCAAUUGGAUUGUUGAUCCUUCAACAGGUACCUACACCUCCAACAUCCCAACUCCCACCGGCAUACCCAGCGAUCCGGCGCUCGCAGGCUAUGGCGAAGCCCAAGCCGCAGAACUUGGUCUUCAUCUAAGCACCCUCUCCCCACCGAUCGAACGAAUUUACUCUUCCCCUUUUUACCGCUGUAUUCAGACCAUCUCUCCUCUCGUUCCAUACCUCUCUUCCACCGCAACCGAAUCAGCUACCCUCAAAAUCCGCGGCGAGAACGGACUUGGUGAAUGGUACGGCACCGCUCGAUUCGAUCACCCAAGUCCUGCUACUCCUGAAUUAUUACAUUCUUUAUUCCCGACAUAUGAUAAGGAGUAUGUGCCGAAAAUUCGACCUAGUGUUAAUGGGGAGAGUAUAGAAACAUUGCAUGAUAGAACAGCAUAUGCGUUACAUAGGGUGAUAGAAGAUGCGGAUAGAGAGGGUGUCAAGGCUAUUGUCAUCUGCACACAUGCGGCGACGUUGAUAGCAAUUGGGAGAUGUUUGACAGGAAGAAUGCCGGAGGAUGUAGGCGAAGAGGAUUUCAGACCAUUUACCUGCGGAUUGAGUGUUUUCGAGAGGAAGGAGACUGGAUAUCAAGCAGCAAAAGACGUGAAUAUGUGGAAGGGUCCAGAGGAGGAGAUCCCGGAAGUGGAAUGGAGAAAUGGCAAUGGUGUUGGAGGUGGAUGGGAAAUUGUCAAGAAUGGUGACUGUAGCUUCUUAAGUGGCGGAGAAGAGCGAGGAUGGCGUUUUUCCGGAGACGAAUCGUUCUCUACCACUCCAGCUCUGCCGGCCCUGGAUGCCGGAUCCGCACUCGGUGUUGUCAUUGAAGGGAAGAAACCAGGAAACCCUUCGGAACCAUCUAGAUUAUAA